ACAGAAUGUGACAGUUUCACCUUUUAUAAAUUUGCCUGAAUUCGCCUUUAGAUGAGAUGUUCCCAAGAAUUCAACAAUAUGGCAUUUUUAGAAGAUUUUUAUAUUUUAUUAAAUGAGUGGCAGUAUUGCUUUUUUAACAAAAAGACCAACACUGAUCGAAAUUACUUUAGUUUUGUUGACAAUUUUUCUGCACACUUUCAUUAUUCUGGUGAUAUUCAUUAUAAAAAAUUUGUUGGCAUGUCUAAUUUAUUUUUCUAUGGAGUGUAUUUGCUUCGUAGCCAAAGUCCUGAUAAACGUUAUGCUGGCCGUUGCUAUAUUGGGUUCACCGUUAAUCCCAAUCGUCGCAUUAAACAGCAUAAUCGUGGUAAAGACUUUGGUGGCGCUAAACGUACUAGCAACAAAGGUCCCUGGCAGAUGAUUAUGAUAGUACAUGGAUUUCCUAAUAAUAUUGCAGCACUACAGUUUGAGUGGGCAUGGCAGCAGCCAGCACUAUCCACUCGCUUAAAGCAAUAUUCCGAACUGCGCCGUAAAAAGCCAAAAGAAAGUCAUUUUCAAUACAAUUUUCGCAUACUUUGCCAUAUGUUAAAUGUGGGUCCUUGGAAUCGUUUGCCACUUACUAUACGUUGGUUAGAAAGCGAAUACGAAUGUGAUUUCUUACUUAAACCUCCUUCUCAUAUGCAAAUCGUUAGUGGUGACCUUCUUUUACCGAAAUCACAAAUAUCACAACGUAAAAGUGGCGAAGAAUCUUUGGCUCCACAAGCUAUUUGGGCUCCUGAAUGUCACUUGUGCAUGCAACGCAUUGAAAACACGGAGCGAUCGCGUAUUGGUUGUACUAAUUCUCUAUGUAAACUCACAACUCACUUAAUAUGUUUGGCUAAUUAUCUAUUAUCAUCCGACGAGAGCAAUCGCGGUCAUUACAUACCGAUUGCCGGCGAAUGUCCCCUAUGUGAAGAAAAAUUUACUUGGGUAGCUCUACUUGAACGAAAGCGGAAGCUUCAGGAUCAAUGUGUGGAGCACAUUGAAGAGGAAGAUGAUGACGAUGAUGGUUUUGAUAGCGAUAGUUUUAAUGAUAACAGUUGCGCAAGUGAUUUUGAAACCUGUGGGACGAAAUCUGGCAGCGAUAGUGAUAAGUCUACAGAUAUUAAUAAUAGUGAAAAACCAAACUUAUGCUACAAUGAUAUAAUUUAUGAAUUAAGCGAUUAAAUACAUUUGUAUAUGGUUAGC